AUGUUUUGGGGUAAAUAUAAUUAUCAUGGUUAAAAUAUAUCUAACGAUCUUCUAAGAUUUGCCGGUAUAGUAUAGUGUUUUAAAAUGGUGUCGCCAUGUGGUUUUGAAAAAUGAUUACACUUUUCGAAAAUAGUAUUUUACUAAAAUGAAAUUAUAUAAAAUAAUAAUUGUAUAAUCUCUUUCAGGUUUAAUACUGGAACCAAAUAGACGAUAUACACAAACUGUUGAAAAAUCAUUCCAUGUGUCAAUGGCUAGUUUAAAUCUUCAAAAAGCCGGUAAAAUUAAUAAGUUCGUUUUUCAUUAGAUUUAAGUUUUUAAAUAAUUUUUUUUAAACUUAAAAGAUAAAUUAGUUUAUUAUUUAAACCUUAAAUAUAUGGUUAAAAAAUUCAAACUUGUUAUAUUUUUAAAUUAUAGUAGUAUAUCAUUUCAAACUUUGUUUAUUAUAGAUGAUAACGUGGUACAAGUAAUGUUAUACUACGAAGAUAGUUGUUAUUUGUUAUGCAAUUUAAAAAAAAGCACAACAUGGCAGGUACCGCUUGAUUUGAAUUUUCAUGAGGGGACCACAAUAGCAUUUAUAUGUCAUGGUCAUGGUCAAGUACAUUUAACUGGUUAUUUAAUACCUGAUGACGAUUUAGAUGAGUUAGAAGAAGAAGAAGAUGAUGAACAGGUACCACAAUUAAUUGAGAAACAAUCAAAAAGAAAAGCUACAGAUUCUUUAAAAAAUGAAAAGAAUAUUAAACGCUCUAAACAAGAAAUUGAAGCAGAAUCUUCCGAUGAAGAUAUAGACUUAGAUGGUAUGACUGAAGAGCAUGAUUCUGAUGAAUCUGAGGAAGGAGAUGAGGAGUUACUACUUAAUGAAGAAGGUAUGGAAGAAGAUGAAGAAGGUGAAGAAGAAGAGGAAGAAGAUGAAGAAGAUGAAGAAGAAGAAAUAAAGUUUCAACAGAAAGAUAAAAAAAAUAAAUUGCAAGAAAAAAAAAAGGUAGUUAAUGGAAAAGAAGCCAAACAAAAAAAAGAUAAAGGAAAACAGCAACAAAAUGAAGUGAAUAUCCAAAGUGACCAAAAAACAAGACUAGUAGAAGGUGGGGUACAAAUCAAAGAAUUGAAAAUAGGUAAUGGCAGUGUUGCAAAAAAUGGAAAACAUGUCUCUGUAUAUUAUGUGGGCCGUUUGAAAAAUGGAAAGAUAUUUGAUUCGACAACACAAGGAGAUGGUUUUAAAUUUAGACUCGGAAAAGGUGAAGUAGUUAAAGGUUGGGAUGUUGGUAUUGUAGGAAUGAAAGUAGGAGGAAAACGACGUAUAACAAUACCUCCAGCUAUGGCGUAUGUAUUAUUCAUUUGUGUAUAAACUAAAUUUAAAUAUAUUAUUCAUUAUUUUUUACAUUCAUUACAGAUAUGGAGCAAAAGGUUCGCCACCUAUUAUUCCUGGUAAUAGCACACUGAUGUUUGAAGUAGAACUUAGGAAUGUACAUUAAAUCAUUGUGUCAAGAAUAUUUAAAUAUUGUUAAGUGAUGUAUAAUGUAUUUUAAACUAAUAAAUGUAAUAUCCUUUUUAAUUAUUCUACAAACUACAAUUUUCUUAAAAAUAGUACAUGAAAAAAUAUUGCUACUGCAUUGGAAUAUAAAUUGUAUACAUUUUUUGUAAAACGAUGUAUUAUGUUACUGAAAUAUGAGAUAUUAAACUAUUUAUUUCUAACAUUUUCCUCGUAAGUAAUAAUUGUGAAAAAAAUAGGAAACAAAUAAAAUUUCAUUAUCUUUUAACAAUAGUGAAUGAUUUUAAAAUUUAUAUAAUAUAUACACCUUGUAAUAACAAUAAAUAAUUUACUUGAGAUAUAAUAUAGAUUUAUAAUUAUUAAAAAAGUUAUAAAGUAUAAAGUUUAUAUUUUGCAAUAAAUUAUAUUUGGAAUAAUUAUAAUUCAUAUAUCCAUAAUUAAGUUUCAUUUUAAUGUUUUCUAAUCCAAUUUUUUAUUUUCUUGAUUUUUUGCCCACGACAAUGUGCAAAUGCCAUUUUUACAUUCCUUUACCAAUUGUGGAGGUUGUUCUUUGUUUGUUAAUUCUUUCUGUUUGUUCCUGAACUGCCACCACUUUAUAAAUAAUGGCUGUAUCAAAAAUCUCCAUAUAAUGAGUAAUAUUGGUAUAGCUACACAUGGUACACAUACCAUUUUAGGUCAAUUUAGAAUCAAAUCUGAAACAGUAUAGGUUAAUAUAUACCAAAUUAAUGAUUAACUUAAAAAACCACUAUUUCCACAAAAGAUUAAUGUAGAAAUUGAACUCGUACCUAGAGUCAAAUAAAUUUAUUUUUUCUUACUAUUAUCUAAAGUAACUAAGUAAAUAUUUAAAUAUUUAAGAUGAUCUGGAAAUAUGUAGAAUGAUAUAACCUUUAUAAUAAAAUUAAGUUUAAGUAUUAAACAUUUAUACGUAUAGCAAUUUAUUUUAUAAUUUCAUAUAUAAAAGAAUAAUAUUUUUAUCAAAACUUAAAUUUUGGAUAUAUUUGUCUUUACUAUAUUUCAAAUUAUUGAAUUCUAUUUAACGUUACUUAUGUGUCAUAUACUCACAUUCGUAAAGCAUGCGCAAUGGUUUAUACCAAUAAUUAAAAUUAAAGUUUUAUAUUCACACAAAUGUUUUCACUAUAAAAAUAUUUAAUAUAUUUUUAAUUGUUAAUUAAAAUUAAAAAUAUAAAUAAUUAUUAAAUUGUUAUAAUUAUUAAAGAAUUAAUUAAAGUUCGUAAAUAUAGUUUUUUUUAAUUUAUUUGCCUAAAUUUUUAAUCAUUCUUUGAAUCUUGAAGAAUCUUCACGUUUUAUUGUACAUCUUAAUUAUUACUUAACAUUAUUUUAUUUAGAUAAACAUUGCAUAUUAA